GAGCUGCCAGACAGUUCCAACGACCUAUGUACACAAAUUACUCGUCGCGCUGAUAAAAACACAAUUUUUGUAAAUAAUUGCAUACGAUGUGCAAGGCAAUAACUUAAUCGCGAUUUCAAAGCGAGCUAUGUGAUUAACGAACGCUUUGGACAACGAAAAAGCCCACAAGAUGGCCGACGCCUACUGCCUGACGAACUUUAUUGAUUUUUCGCUGUCGCUGUCGCUGCCGCUGAAACACCACAAUCGCAUCAAGUACACCUGCUUCGACAUCUCCGACAGCUAUAUCAUUUUCGGUGCCUCGUCCGGAUCGCUGUAUCUGUUCAAUCGGAACGGCAAGUUCCUGCUCUUGAUACCAAACAAGCAUGGAGCGAUCACCAGCCUCAGCAUAUCGGCAAAUAGCAAAUAUGUGGCUUUUGCGACGCAACGUUCGCUCAUCUGUGUGUAUGCCGUGAAUUUGUCCGCGCAGGCCACGCCGCAGGUGAUCUUUACGCACCUGGACCAGUCGGUGCAGGUGACCUGCAUCCACUGGACGCAGGACGAGAAGCAGUUCUACUAUGGCGACUCUCGCGGACAGGUCAGCCUCGUGCUGCUCUCCUCGUUCAUCGGACACAGUCUGCUGUUCAACAUGACAGUGCAUCCGCUGCUCUACCUGGACUCUCCGAUCGUCCAAAUCGACGAUUUUGAGUACCUGCUGCUGGUGUCCAACUGCACCAAGUGCAUUCUGUGCAACACAGAAUACGAGGAUUACAAACAAAUUGGUAACCGUCCGCGGGAUGGAGCUUUUGGCGCCUGCUUCUUUGUCUCUCCGCAGGAGUCUUUGCAGCCAUCUCGUAUUUACUGCGCCCGACCAGGCAGUCGCGUGUGGGAGGUGGACUUCGAGGGCGAGGUGAUACAGACGCACCAGUUCAAGACGGCCCUAGCCACCGCGCCGGCAAGGAUUCAGCGACCUGGAAGCGGCACAGACGAACUAGACGCCAAUGCCGAGUUGCUGGACUAUCAGCCGCAGAAUCUGCAGUUCGCCAAGGUCCAAAGGUUGAACGAGGACUUCCUGCUGGCCUUUACAGAGCUGGGACUAUAUGUGUUUGAUAUUCGACGAUCAGCGGUGGUGCUGUGGUCCAAUCAGUUCGAGAGGAUCGCCGACUGCCGCUCCUCGGGAUCGGAGAUCUUUGUGUUUACGCAGUCUGGCGCACUUUAUAGUGUCCAGCUGCAAACGUUGCAAUCCCACGCAGUUUCUCUGAUACAACAAUCCAAAUUGCUGCCUUGCGCGAAUUUACUACGCCAGCAUGUCCGAUAUUUUGCGGACAAGGCUCGCGAGGACUACGAGCUGAAGCAGCUCAAUCCGCUGAAACAACUCCUCAUCGAGCGGCAGGAGUACGAGCUGUUGAACGAUAUAUCCGUAAUAUUUGAUGCCAUAACUCAGUGCACAGGCAGUGCUUUGGAUACGCACAGCUCGGGAGGCAGUUCAGCCACCACUGAACGCAGUUUGAGCGGAGGCAGUUCAUCGAAAGCUCCGCCGAAGGGAGUGUACGUGCUGGAAAACGCAUUCUGCGACAACUUGAAGCAGCCUCUCAAAACGGGACACUUCAAGGAUGCGCUGCUGACGGUAACUGGUAAAUUCGGCAAGAACAUCAUAAAAUACAAGUUCAAUAUUUUCGCCGAGGAACAGCAGCAGUUGGUCAGGGAACUAAUUCCAGCCAGCGAGCGUUCUCUACCCUUUAAGGACAUCAAGGCACGCUACGAGUCGGGAAGCGAGGAUCAGGAGGAGGAAAUUGUUAGGCGCUGCAAGAAACCGGCUCCCCAGGUUCCCCACAUCAGUCCCGAGGAGAAAACCCUGUACAACCUCUACCUGAUCGCCAAGAGCGCCAAGUUUAGCCGGACGCAGUGCGUCGAUCGUUAUCGCGCUGUCUUCGACGAGUAUGCAGCUGGCGAGCUGGUGAAUCUGCUCGAGAAACUAGCCCAGGUGAUGGUGGAGCAUGGGGAUACGCUUGAUCAAGCGCAACGCAAUUGCUACGAGAUGUAUUUCGAUUACCUGGAUCCGGAGAUGAUCUGGGAAGUGGACGAUGCUACGCGGGAUCACAUAGCUGCCGGAUUUGUGCUGCUAAAUGCUCCGGAAAAUGCGGAGAUUGUCAAGUGUGAGCAUUGCUCGUUCCCCCUUCGCUUCGAUACCUCCUGCCAGUAUCAUGAGCUUGGAGCAGUGCUCCUGCGAUACUUCUGGUCCCGUGGCGAGCAACUGAAGUGCUUCGAUGUUGUUCAAUCGGUGCCGGCACUGUUAGACGUCUUAGCUAAAUUCUACUUAGCCGAACAGAAUCUCACCAAGGUGGUGGCCAUCGUCCUCAACUACGGACUCCCCGAACUUCUGGCUGACGUGGGCAAACAACUGAGCGUUGGCGCAUGGGGCCGCUGCUUCGAACAGUUCGUGGAACUGCAACGCGGCGGACGUCUGGUGUGCGCCAACUGCGAGUGCAUCUCUGGCGUGGAACAAGAACAGUUGGGACGCCACUUCUUCUACAACUGGAACUGUUUCCUCAACAUCGCUCUGGAUCACAUGUCCGCCGGGGACACGCUGGCGCUGAUCUUCAAGUGGAGCUCAUACAUUCCAAACGACGCUAUCGACCGGGAGUUCUAUUCCCGCUGCCUGCUCAAGGGCUAAACGAUCUGGAAAAUAUUAUUUAUACAUAUAUACUAUACCUUAUAGCCAUAUUUAUUGUUCCACUAACUAAUAUCAAGCUAAGGCCAAUACCAAAAGCAUUUAUUCUAUAUAAACAUGUACAUCCACAAUAUGUAUAUUCUGAAGACGAAAGUGCAUGAAUAUAUUCCAGAGUUUGAAACUUCAAA